AUGUCGAAGGUUUUCGGUGUUGAUGUUGAAGAACUGGCUUCAGUUUUUGAGAACAAAGGAACAGAGGAAAUUCAGAUUACACCGGUAAGGCCCAAAGACUCUGAAGAAGUGGAUGAGGAAUUUGAGAAGAAAAAACGAAAAGAAGAACAUUUAGAAUCAUCUAAGGACUCUAAACUGUCUUCAGUGUUGGAAUCAACCCUGUCUAAGGCUCCUAGAAUAAAGAUAUACAAAAUCGCAGCUCUUAGCACCUGCACUCAUGAGGUUGCGUAUCCUCCGGGCAUACCGUUUAAGAAGUUGGAAGUGUUUUCUGAGCCGAAGAUUCUAACGUUUCCAUUUACCUUGGAUCCAUUUCAAAGUCAGGCCAUGCUCUGCAUUGACAACAACCAGUCUGUAAUGGUCUCGGCUCAUACGUCCGCUGGCAAGACAGUCAUCGCCGAAUAUGCGAUUGCCAAGGCACUUCGGGAUAAACAGCGAGUUAUUUAUACCACUCCCAUCAAGGCUCUUAGCAACCAGAAGUAUCGGGAGUUUUCAGAAGAAUUUCCAGAAGUUGGCCUUCUAACUGGAGAUGCUACGAUCAACAUCAACGCUGGUGUUCUCAUCAUGACCACAGAAAUUUUACAGUCAAUGCUCUAUCGAGGCUCAUCCAUAAUGCGUGAGGUGGGCUGGGUGGUUUUUGAUGAGAUUCACUACAUGCGUGACCCGGAACGGGGUGUGGUAUGGGAGGAAUCGCUGGUACUACUGCCAGAUUGCGUGCGUUUCGUCUUCCUCUCUGCCACAACACCAAAUGCACGUCAGUUUGCUGAGUGGAUCGCUUUUCUUCACGCCCAACCCUGCCAUGUGGUUACAACAGAUACUCGACCUGUUCCUCUGCGACACUAUAUGUAUCCAAUUGGUGGCGAUGGUCUCUAUUUAGUCCUCAAUGAGGUUGCUGGUAUCCAAGUAGACUUUAGACUACCGAUUCGUUUAGCUCGUCAAUAA